CAAAAACCAGCUCCUAUACCGGCACGUCGCGCUGAGCUAAAGCCACCCCGUCCUCCGCCUGAGUUCGUGCGGAAUGUGGUCGGUUCGUCUGCAGCGGCAGGAAGCGCUGAAUACCACAUAUACCGUAUUAACCGCAAGAAGGAGCAAAAUCGUUUAGAUUAUAUUGCCAAAGUAGCGGAAAAGGAAGAACUUGAUGAAGAGUAUAGGGCUCACAAGCUUGAAGUCGAACGAAUGGAAGCAGAGCGAACCGCAAAGAAAAGGGCGAAGCGACUGAGAAGAAGGGAAGCUGCUAAAAGACGGAAAACUGUAAGAAAUAUGAAGAAAGAAGGAAGUGACGAAGAUGAUUCAGGAAGUAGUGACCUCGAUGGUGAGAACAGUGAGAACGACGAUUUGAGGCAGAGUGAUCCAGAUUGUGAGGAGCGGACAAAGACGAAGCAGGAAUAUUGUGAUGUGAAGGAACAUAAUUCACAAUGA